AUGGAUGAAAAUAAUAAAGAAACAAAAAAUAUAGAUGAAGAAUUACACAAAAAAUACAAUGAAUUAUGCAAAAGAAUAGAACUAGGAAAUGAUAAUAAAAAUUGUGAUGAUAUAAGAAAGAUGAAAAAAUUAUUAAUAGAUGCUCUUAUCAAAUAUGAAGCUAUAAAGUUUGGAAAUUUUAUUUUAAAAUCUAAAAGAAAAUCCAAAUAUUUUGUUUCAACAGGUUUUCUAAAUAAUGCUAUUUCAGCAAAUAUUGUUUCUUUUUUAAUAUCUAAUUUAAUACUUUCAAAAAAUAUUGCAUUUGAUUAUUUAUUUGGAGCAUCGUAUAAAGGAAUACCGAUUGUAUCAUUGACUAGCCAUUUUUUACUUAACACAAAUAAAUUUCAUAAUAUAUUUUAUUUAUAUGAUAGAAAAGAAAAAAAAGAAUAUGGAGAUAAGACUAUUAUAGUAGGAAAUAUAAAAGAGAGUAGUCAAGAUUGUGUAAUAAAUAGUUGUAAUCCACAAUUUGAAAAAAAAAAAAAAGUUAUAAUAAUAGAUGAUGUAUUUACUUGUGGAACUGCUUUAACUGAAAUAUUUAAUAAAAUGAAAGCUUAUGAAUAUUUACAAGUUGUUGCAUGUAUAGUUCUUCUUAAUAGGAAUGAACAUGAAAUAAAUGAAAAUAAUGAAAAAGUUUAUUUUAAAGAUUUAUUCGAACAAAAAUAUAACAUUCCGAUAUAUAGCAUCCUUAAUUAUGAAGAAGAUAUUUCACAUUUUAUUAAAUAA